ACAGCUAAUCCUCCAUAGUCCAUCCUCUGUCACCUAAUUAUGUUUUUCCCUUGUAAUAAAAUAAAUAAAGACUAAAGGGUUUUAUUUUACCAGAGGACGCAGAUCAUAGAGAGACAGAAAAUAUAAUUCCUUGCUUAGGAGGAGAGAAAGGUAUGCAUAAAGAGGUUGUUUAAAAGAAAGAGAGAGGCUUAUUGAAGAAAAUGGAGAACAGCAGUGGUGGCAGCAGCGAUUACAGUAACAGUAGGAUUGUAGUGACAAAUGAGAAAAAGCCUAUGCAAGGAAUCAAAAUAGAGAAUCCCUUUACUUUCAAAGUACUUCAAGUAUUUACUGGCUUUGGUUUUGGCUGUGGUAUUGGUAUUGGUCAAGGCAUGCCUAUAAAUAUGGGUGCAUUGCCAAUGGUGGGCCAAGUAAUGAGUGCAACUAGAGGCGCAACUGAUGCCUUUUCUGGAAUUACCAGGCAUGUAAAUACUGCACUUUGGAAGCUGGGAGCUAAGAACAUUCAAGCAGGCGUUGGAUGUGGAGUUGGUUUCGGCCAUGGCUUUGGAAUUGGUCUUGCAGUGAAACCUGGGGCAGUGCAGAAGAUGCAAGCUUGUUUUCUAGAAGUAUUGAUGAAGAUGAUGACAAAACUUGGAAUAGCACCCAAUUUAUCAAUUGGUCAAGGUGCCCUUCCAAUGUCUUUGCAAAGUGGCGUGAGCAUGUUGACUGAAUCUUCAAUCCAAAACCCAUUGGGAAAUAUUACACAGUUAGCAAGAAAACUCCCAGAUCAAACAUCUCAAAGUCUGUAUGGAUAUGGAAAUGUUAGUUCACAUUCAAGUUCUGAAAGUUCCACUUCAAAAGGCAGUGAUACUUCUUUUGGUAGCCGAACAGAGAAGGUGAUUAGCAGUUUUCUCCAAAAUCCUAUUCUGAAAGAAGAUGGCACUGACAUAAAUGAAUUGGCUGGACGUUUGCGGUCAGAAAACAACAUGCUUCAAAUGGUGUUGAGACACCAGCAAAUCAUUGAAGAGCUAAUGGAGGAGAAUCAAAAGCUUCGUCAGAUACUUGUGGAAGACCUAAAAAUACCACCCAACAAGCUCCAGGCCAGUCACUCAACUAUAAAUAAAUCUCCAUGCACUGAUUGUUUUGAGUGCCGAAGAAGACAGAGAAAAAAGUAGAUGAAGAUGACUAAAUUUCUCAUAUUCUUGAUCAUUAAGAUCUCGAUGAAUGCCCCUUUUGAGCUAUUUGGUUGUUUUGCCCCAGAUUCAAAUGCAAUUUUGAAGGACCAUUCUCAGGAGGCAUCAAUUCUAUACAAAGAGGGAAUAUGAGAUUAUAUAGGUAGAUGUAGGUAUUCUUGCAAAUAAUUGAUUAAAGUUAAUCUAUCCAAAGGCUUGAAGAGUUUCUGAGCUAGAA